AGUUAGAGAGACAAUUGUCAAAAUGUCGUGGUUAUUUUAUCGAUGGCUGCUUUUCUUUUAUAUAUCAGUAAUAACGAUUCAAGAUUCCUGGGAAUUUUUUCUCAGGCAGACUGAAACCUCAGAGUGUAUUGCACCUGAAGAUAGUUAUUUUGGGAGAGGUGAUCAUUCGAAACGUUAUUGGGCUAGAAUGGUUGACAACUGCUUGAAGAGUAGUGCACAGUUCCGUUAUAUUGACAAGACAGAAGUGAUACACAAUAUCGACAAGAGAGGUUCGCUUAUAUGUAUACCAAAGGAUAGAACAUAUCGUUACAAUCUGCUCGUUUAUGAUGGCGUUAAACCUGCCGCAAUAACAUUUGAAAAGGAUAAAGAUCAUAGUAUUAAACAAAAAGUGUCAGGAUCUCUCUUUUUUUACGAAAGAAAGUAUUGUGUUCGGUCUAAUGGUCUAGGCGCUAGCGUGACAGUAGUAACGGAAGCUAAUUGCAAAAACGCAAGAACUUUCACAUUUGGUUCAGUGACCCAGUUCGGUGACAAAAUGAAAGAUGUUCAUUGUUCUUCAAAACAACGUAUGGUGAUCCACAAAGCUCAUUAUGGUGAUUUCAAUAAUAGCGGGAGCUUUAAUACCAAUGCAACUGUUGAUAUCAAAUGUAGUCAACGAGCAAGUUGUGAGGUGAAACGUCUUUGUGGUGGAAACAGAUCUUGUGAACUGAUCGUUGACAACAAUUUACUGUCAUCACAACAUUGUUCUGACACAACAAAAGAACUUUUUAUCGAGUACACUUGUGUGGAUAACUAUAUGAAGCCCAUAACAACGGCUCCCAAUAUAAAAUUAUCAAAGUCACCGAGCGAAGGUUUCAUUGAAAUAAAGGAUGGUUCCACUUGGAGAAAAGUUAAAGAGGAAAUUUGGGAUAUUAUUCGUGAAAAUUCGCUGUGUCAGCACUUAGGAUUUAAUGGGACACUGGGGAAUGUUGCUAAAACAAGGAGAAUUAAGAAAGGUCAGGAAAUUGCAAGUGGUAACCUUUGUUAUGAUGCACCUCUGAACAACAGUGUCCAUUUUUAUCCCUUUACAACAACGUCAAGCGUUGAUGCGCCAUAUGUGACAUGCAAGAUAUGUAUGAAUCCAUUAUUACAGAACAAAACUAAUCUCCUCGACACGAUAUUUUCUGGAAGUGGUUCUGCUGACAAUACCAAGUACAAAGAAGCGAGGUUUUCUAGCGAUGGUUGGUGUCCAACAGAGUCUGGAGACAAAUAUCUUAAGAUUGAUCUUCAAAACGAAUAUCAAAUAACACGAGUUAUGGUUAUGGGUGAUAAAAAUCAAACAAAGUGGAGUGGAUCAUAUUCAUUGAAAUACAGUCAUGAUGAAAGUUUGGUAGACGGUAGUAGUGGUUUACAGAUAACAGGAAACAUGUACAGCUUUCAAGAAUCGACUACUGACGUUGAUAUUUAUAAUGUGAGAUAUAUCAAGUUACAAUCAACUGAAAACACAGACUUUUGUCUCAGAAUAGAACUCUGCGGAGAAGUGCAAUCUCUGGCUCCUGUUCAAAACGUUGUUGCUAAACCAUCAAAUUUCUCUGUUCAUCUGUCAUGGACAAUACCAUCACCUGAGGCAUCCACUUUUAUCACACAUUUCAUCAUUUACUUAAACGGUACCGAGGUCAAAAGAAUAUCGCGCGCAUAUUAUGUAAAUCAGUACAAUCUUCGAGAGCUCACACCAAACACUAAUUAUGUUGUUGGCAUAAAGACACAGGAUGGUCAACUAAAGAAUACACAGACAAUAGUUUACCACAAGUUCAAGACCAAAGAAGCUGUUCCAAGUGGAGCUCCACGGAGUGUUAUGAUUAAAUCUCGUAGUAAAAACUCGCUCGAAAUUUCUUGGAAAGCGCCUGAUAAGAUAUUUUGGAACGGUGAAUUGGUGGGAUAUCAGAUUUGUUUUUCUACAAAGGAAAAUGAUGAAAGUCCGAAGUGUUUAAACAUAAACGUUUUGUCCGCCUUAUCAUACGUUUUUUCUAAUCUUAUUCCUUCAACAAAAUACUUUGUGACAGUCUCGGCUGGUACAAAAAUUGGUUUUGGAAACAAAAGCUCAGAAAUAAGUGAAAUAACAAAUGGAGAGCCUGUGAACCCUGUUGUGAUGUCCCACUUUGAUCUUGGUUUAAGGAUACCUAAGGCAGCGCCGUAUAUAAGAGAAGUACUGAUUAUUGUUCAAAGAGCCACAAGAAGUCAAACACCAAGUGAAGACAUAAGAGCAAGUAAACUGAGACCAUACAAAUCAAACACUCAAGAUUUUUACAUCACCGCUUAUUUGAGAGCAGACGUUUUCCCUGUGUCGUUCGUGAUCGGUGAUAGCAAGGAAUACAACUAUGAAAACGUAACAUACGUUAACCAACCUCUUCAACCAAACACAAGUUACAACGUGUUCCUGAGAUUCUUUGAAAGCCAGAAUUCCUACUACUCCACAGGGUGGAGUAAAGGUGUGAAGACGAAGGUAACCCCAGGACCCAGUGGACCUCCACUGGAUGUUUCUUUAAAAUCUCGUGGUAAAUACACAUUGGAAGUAUCGUGGGAGGCUCCUGAAGAAAGUUCAAGAACUGGAGAAUUGAUUGGAUAUCAAGUUUGCUUUUAUACCAACGAGACUCCUUUAGAAUGCUUUGUGCUGAAAAACACGAAUGUGCUUGCACUUACUCUGAAAAACCUUCAGCCUUCUACGAAGUACUUUGUGACUGUCGCAGCGAACACAAAAGCUGGUUACGGAGAGAAAAGCUCGGUAGUGAGUAAGAUAACCAAUGGAGAGCCGUUGAAUCCUCUCACAACUUCCUAUUACACUCUGACGUUAAACAUCCCCAAAGCAGCAAACUAUAUUAGGCAAGUGAUGGUGAUCGUUCAAAAAGCCGCGAGCAGUUCACUACAAAGCCAAAAUAUUGAAACAAGUAAACUCAAGGCAUAUCAGGCGAACACCCAAGAUCCUUAUGUCACUGCUUAUUUAAAAACUGAUGAUCUUCCUUUGAUGUUUGUGAUUGGCGAUGGCAAAGAAUAUAAUUUUAAAACAGAAAAAUACUUCAACCAACCUUUGACAACCAAUUCGAGUUAUAUCGUGUUUUUGAGAUAUUUUGAGAGUCAGGAUUCGUACUACUCGACGGAAUGGAGCAGCAGUUUUAAAACUAUAGCAAAAGCACCUGCAGUUUGUUUGAAAAGUAACAUUUCUAAACAAUCAGCUAAAGACAAAACACACAUGGGUUUUCUUAUACCGCUGAUUAUUCUGGCUUUAUGUUUUCUGGUUUCACUUGGUGUUAUUGUGUACCAACGUCGUCUUCUUCGAAAUAAAGAUGCGAAUCAUGGAUAUGAAACCUCAAAGCAGACGAACGAAAUGAAAGAGUUUGAUUCUAGAAAAAACAAAAGAGCAAAGUAUGAUCAAAGAACUCAAAAUGAUGAGACUGUUUACGAGACUCCAGAUGAUGUUAUUGAAGAAAUUGAGCGAAACGAGGGUGCACGUUCACGUGGAACAGAAAAAGGACAAGAAUCAUCGAACUACAUGUCGUUACAAGACAAAAAAGAACCAGCAAACGUUUAUCAGGCAUUGCAACCCUCCGUCACAAACGAUAAUCAACGUCACACUAAGGAGGGUGGUCAAUCAGUGGAAUAUCAAAAUCCUGCUUUCAAUGCAGAUUUCAGUGGUGAAUAGUUAUUCGAGAAACAAAUUCUACAAAUAUUAUAAUAUAGACAUAGUCAUACAUGCAUUGGCAUUUCUUAGCAUUACAUACACAUGAAAAA